AUGGGCAAUCAACUCGCUGUGAGCGGCUCUGUGCAAGAACUUCACUUGCAAGACUUGGCUGAAGGUUUAGUUCAGGAUCACCCUCUUGGAGGAGGUCGAUUACUCAAGAGUGUCCAAUGUUGGACGGAAGAGGGUAUGCCAGUGGUGGUAAAGGUAUAUUUGAAGAGAGAGGAUGAUCCGCCUCUCGCUCUCGCACCUCAUCAUGCCAAAUUGAAAAUAUUGAAUGAGAAAUUGAGUCUGAGGAAUCAACCCAACGUGUUGAGUUAUAAUAGAAUGGUGGAGACCGACAAGGCUGGUUAUUUGGUUCGACAAUAUUGUUAUAGCAACUUGGCAGACAGAAUCAGUACCCGACCGUUUUUCAGUGCCAUCGGGAAACGUUGGAUUGCUUUUCAAAUUUUGCAAGGAUUGAGUCAGAUUCAUAAACUUGGACUUUAUCAUGGCGAUUUGAAAGCAGAUAAUGUAAUUUUGACUGCUUGGGAUUGGGUCUUUCUGACUGAUUUGGCUCCUUUCAAACCAUCACGAAUUCCCGAUGAUGAUCCUUCAUUCUUUUCGUAUUAUUUUGAUACAUCCGGAAGAAGAAUUUGUUUAUUGGCUCCUGAACGGUUUUGUCCAACAUCACAAGUUUAUGGUAUCGGAAACACUGCGUCAGCAACGCCACUCACAAGUACCAAAUCGUUGGCAAACGCAUUUGUCAUGAUUGAUAACAACGGUUUAGAUCAAAGCAUGUUAAUUAAUGAGGAUACAUUGUCCCUCCUUCGAGUGGCAAUCAAUCAUCAACGGAUUCGAAUAACAACAACACAACAUCUAACACAGAAGAAAUCACUGAAAAGAUGGAUAUAUUUAGUGCUGGAUGUGUCAUUGCGCAGCUUUUCCUCGAUGGUGAAGCGCUCUUUGACUAUUCCCAACUUCUGGCAUAUCGCAAAGGAGACACCGAACACUUCUCAAAAUUAUUGGAAAGAGUCGAAGAUAAAGAUGUUAGAGAGAUGA